AUGAGCAACGAAAGUGGAGCUUCGUCAGGGACAUCAGGUGUUCGAAGAAGAGGAACAGUGGUCGGUGUGCCGAAGAGAUGCUGGUGUGGCAAAAUCGUGGUAGCAAGAAUGUCAAAGUCCGAAGCUAAUCCUUAUCGGCGAUAUUACCGUGCAUAUGCAGUGGAGCGAAAACUUAGCAAUGAUAACCACUCGUACAAAUGGGUUGAUGAGGCUUUGGCGGAUGAGAUAGAAAUAUUGGGGAUGAGGACUGAAAGACUUGAGCAACAAAACCAGAUUGCGAAUUUGGAGCUAGAGAAGCUGAGGUUUGAGAAAGAAAUUCUUGAAAAGGUUGGAGGAGUUGUGGGUGAAGCAAAGUCCGAGUUGAAGAAACUGAUGGUUAUUGUUGCUCUAGGUUGCUUGAGCAUUGUCGUGUGCUCUAGGCUAAUAGGUUGA